UUUGUCAAUGCACGCCAACUGUUUGUCUUUUGUUUUCUAAUUUUAUGUUGUUCCACACAAGACCCUUAUGUUGUUCUUCUUCUACUCGCAGCUUUACACAAAAUCUCUCACUCCAAAGCUUACUCAAACGUGGCUUCACUCCCACUCUGAAUUCCAUCAACGAAUUCUUCUUUUUCCUGUUUCACCUUCACAAGUUCGACUUAAUCAUUCACUUGUUCUCCCAGUUGAACUCCAACAAAGUCCUCACCAACCACCGAACCCACUCGAUCCUCUCAUGGGCACUUCUCAAAUCUCACAGAUUCGAAGAAGCAGAGCGAUUCAUGAACACCCAUUUGCGCAAGCCCUGUUCUUCCAUCGAAUUCCCCAUGUGGGACACCCUCAUUCAAGGUCUCUGCGUCACGCGCCAAGACCCCGAGAAAGCACUCUCCGUUUUGCGAGAUUGCUUGAGGGAACGUGGUGUCUUGCCUUCUUCCUUCACUUUCUGUUCCAUCAUUCACAAACUGAGCUCUCUGGGUAACAUGGGUAAGGCCAUUGAGGUGCUGGAGUUGAUGACUGAUGAAAGAAUCAAGUACCCUUUUGAUGAUUUUGUUUGCAGUUCUGUGAUUUCUGGUUUUUGCAGGAUUGGAAAACCGGAACUUGCUUUGGGGUUCUUCCAGAGUGCCACGAGUUCUGGUGCGUUGCGGCCAAAUCUGGUGACUUGCACUGCCCUUGUGGGUGCUCUUUGUAAAAUGGGAAGGGUUGAUGAAGUGUGUGAUUUGAUUCGUGGGAUGGAGAAUGAUGGGUUGGUUUUGGAUGUUGUUUUGUAUAGCACUUGGGUUUGUGGGUAUGUUGAGGAGAAGGUUUUGGUGGAGGUUUUUAGGAAGAUGAGAGAAAUGGUGGAGAAGGGUAUAGAUCAUGAUGUUGUAAGUUAUACAAUACUCAUAGAUGGGUUUUCCAAGUUAGGUGAUGUGGAAAAGUCAUUUACCUUCUUGGCCAAGAUGAUAAAAGAAGGACAAAAACCCAAUAAGGUUACAUAUACUGCAAUAAUGUCUGCAUACUGUAAGAAGGGUAAAGUAGAGGAAGCAUUUGCUGUUUUCAAGACCAUGAAAGAUUUGGGAAUUGAGCUGGAUGAAUUUGUGUUUGUAGUUUUGAUUGAUGGGUUUGGCAGAAUAGGAGAUUUCAAUAAUGUGUUUCAUCUGUUUGAUGAAAUGGAAAAGAGAGGGAUUAGUCCUAGUGUUGUUACAUAUAAUACUAUUAUAAAUGGUUUAUCCAAGUAUGGGAGGACCUCUGAGGCAGAUGAGUUCUCAAAAAAUGUGACUGCAGAUGUGAUUACAUACAGCACGUUGUUGCAUGGGUAUACCAAAGAAGAGAACAUUCCAGGGAUUUUGCAGACAAAGAAACGACUAGAAGAAGUAGGAAUCACUAUGGAUGUUGUAAUGUGUAAUGUACUGAUCAAAGCACUGCUUAUGAUGGGGGCUUUUGAAGAUGUUUAUGCACUUUAUAAAGGAAUGCCAGAAAUGGAUCUGGUUCCAAAUUCUGUUACUUACUGCACAAUGAUUGAUGGGUAUUGCAAGGUAGGUAGAAUUGAUGAGGCACUUGAGGUGUUUGAUGAAUUCAGAAAGACAUCAAUAUCCUCACAUGCAUGCUACAAUAGUAUUAUUAAUGGCCUUUGCAAGAAGGGUAUGGUAGAGAUGGCCACUGAGGCAUUGCUUGAACUCAAUCAUAAAGGUCUCAUUUUGGAUAUAGGUCCAUAUAGGAUGUUAAUGAAGACAAUUUUCAAACAAAACGGUGCAAAAGAGGUUUUAGAUUUAGUCUACAGAAUGGAAGGUUUGGAGCCAGACAUAUAUAAUACAGUAUGUAAUGAUUCCAUCUUUUUACUAUGUAAAAGAGGAUUACUUGAGGAUGCAAAUCAAUUGUACAUGAUGAUGAGAAAGAAAGGCUCAUCUGUCACAAGCAAGUCUUAUUAUUCAAUUUUGAGAAGGCAUCUUAGUAAUGGGAAUAGGGAGCAAAUUCUGCCCCUUUUGAAUAGCUUCCUGAAAGAAUAUGGCCUAGUUGAACCAUUGGUGCAAAGGAUACUUGCAUGCUACCUCUGUCUAAAAGAUGUCAAUAUUGCCCUUAGAUUUAUUGGAAAAACAACGCAGAACUCUUCAGCAGUCACUUUUCCUGUCUCUAUUCUCAAGGUUCUCGUAAAAGAGGGUAGAGCUUUAGAUGCAUAUAAGCUUGUCGUGGGGACUCAAGAUAAUUCACCAGUCAUGUAUGUUGGUUAUGCCAUUGUGGUUCAUGGCUUAUGCAAGGGAGGAUACCUCAAUAAAGCAUUGAAUCUUUGUGCCUUUGCUGAAAAGAAAGGGGUGAAUUUGAACAUAGUCAUAUAUAAUUCAAUAAUAAAUGGUUUGUGUCAUGAGGGACGUCUUAUUGAAGCAUUUCGGCUAUUUGAAUCAUUAGAGAAACUUAAUUUGAUACCCUGUGAAAUAACUUAUGCUACAUUAAUUUAUGCUCUAUGUAGGGAGGGAUUUUUGUUAGACGCAGAGCAUAUUUUUGGGAAAAUGGUCCUCAAGGGCUUUCAACCAAAAAUACAAGUUUAUAAUUCAUUAAUUGAUGGUAUUUGUAAGUUUGGUCAGUUAGAGAAGGUAUUUGAGCUUCUAAAUGAUAUGGAGACAAAAUAUAUUGAGCCUGACAGUUUGACUGUUAGUGCUGUAGUAAAUUGCUAUUGCCAGAAGGGUGACAUGGAAGGAGCCCUUGAAUUCUAUUAUAAGUUGAAGAGGAAGGAUAUAUCACCUGAUUUUUUGGGGUUCUUGUAUUUGAUAAGAGGACUUUGUACCAAAGGAAGGAUGGAAGAAGCCAGGAGUGUCUUGAGAGAAAUGCUCCAGUCCAAGAAUGUUGCAGAGAUAAUUAACAAAGUCGACAGUGAGGUUGAUACAGAGCCAAUAGGUGAUUUUCUUGCCAUUUUGUGUGAGCAAGGAAGCAUUCAAGAAGCUGUUACAGUUCUCAAUGAAAUUGCAUGUAUGAUUUUUCCUGUUCGAAAGUUGUCUACGUAUAAUCAAGCAUCCCAAGAACAGCAGAAGAUUAAUGAAUGGAAGGAUUUUGGUUCAAAAUCUUCAAGCUCUCUACCUUCAUCUUGCAAAAGUGGUUUGGAUUUUGCAUCAUGUGAUGAUGCCAGGGAUGUAAGAAAUCCUACGACAAAUGAUGGUAGUUAUAUGACAAGAUCCCAGCUACACAGCUUUGACUUCUAUUAUUCUAGAAUUUCAGCUCUUUGUGCCAAAGGGGAGCUGCAGAAAGCUAAUCAAUUAGCAAAAGGAAUGCUUUCUGACCUGACGGAGUCUAUGAACUGAACAUAAGGAACAAAAAGGAAAUGGAAUUCUUUUCAUGUGGGGACUUCUCUCCUUGUAGUGCCAGCAAAGAGAGCGCGCAGAUGACACCUGAAACAAUUGUCAGCAUGGCAAUUGCUGGUGCAAUUGUUGGAGCAGCAGUGGGUGGUUGGAUUAACGAUGCUUAUGAACGAAAGAAGGCCACCCUCUUAGCUGAUGUGAUCUUUGCUCUCGGAGCGAUUCUCAUGGCUGCUGCACCGGAUCCUUAUGUUCUCAUAGUGGGACGUCUUUUGGUCGGUUUGGGUGUCGGCAUAGCUUCUGUUACUGCUCCUGUGUAUAUUGCAGAAGCAUCGCCAUCUGAAAUAAGGGGGUCAUUAGUGACAAAUGUGCUCAUGAUAACUGGUGGACAGUUUAUUUCCUAUCUUGUGAACCUUGCUUUUAUAGGGUCACAGAUGGAAUUGAUCUCUUAGAAGAAGAAUGCUAUAUCUGAAGACCAAUGAGAACUAAGACUUCCAUGGUGGAGAAUUCAAGUUAUUGAUAAAAAGAUACAGCAGCAACAGUAGGAACAGAAUCAUCUCAUAUGCUGUAUCCUUUUCACCAAGGAAGUGACUGUCAAGGUACUUGUUGGAAUCAGUAUUGAGAUAUAAUGGAUCCAUUAUAAGAUCUGCUAUAUAUAAAAAUGGAAGGGUGACGGGAGAAAGGAAUUGAUUGCUUGCUAAUUGCUGCUUUAGGCUUGAAUUGGCAAAAGUAUUGAUCCCCUUUGUAUGGUGAUUAAAUGUAAGUAAUUUAUUUUAUUUUUUUUUCAGACAUUAUUCAUGGUAUUUUAAUCGGAUUGAGUUGUGUUUUUUGUUUCCUGUUGCACUUCCUUCAUUCUUUCCCCUUUUAACCUGGAAGAUGGCUGAUUCCGAACCAUGAAGUUUACCUUAAUCUCUCUAGUGCCCUUUGGCCUUAAUAGAUCUUAUAAAGUUUUUUGUUUUUUGUAUUUUUUUGUUUUUGUUUUUGGUAAGCUCUAGAAACCACCACCAAAGAAGUAUCUUUGCACUUGCUAAUGGCAUGUAAGAGAAAACUGGCUGUCAUAAACUUGUGACAAAGUUGGCUGGGCUAUGGAGAAAGUGGAGUUAGGCAUUGAAAAAUGAUUUACUCUCAAUUCAUCAAAAAUAAGAGUGUAAACAUUAAAAGAGUUGAAGGGGUGAAAUAGGCUUCUUUGUUGGUUAUUGAAAGUAAACUUUGUCUAAGAACCAUUAUGAUGUAUUGAUUAAUAUUUCAAUUUUGCUUCUUUCAAUU